AUGGGCACAUACGCCUACAACAAUAUAUUUGUUUAUAAACAAAAAAUGUCAGGACAUGACAUUAAACUGGAGGUUUGUGUGGACUCGAUUGGUUCAGCAUUUGCCGCCGAGGUUGGAGGUGCCUCGCGCAUAGAGCUGUGCUCGGCACUGGGCGAGGGCGGCCUCACACCCACCGUGGGUACGCUGAAAACGCUGAAGGACUCGUUUACGCUGCCCAUAUUUUGCAUGCUGCGACCCCGACGUGGUACAGACUUCCUGUACAGCGAGGAGGAAAUGCAGGCCAUUCUCACGGACAUGGCUCUGCUGCGGGAGCAUGGCGCCGACGGCUUUGUUUUUGGCGCGCUUAACACAGAUCGCACCAUCGACGCCAACAAGUGCAGGCAAGUGAUGCAGCAAUCUGGUGGCUUGCCCGUGACCUUUCACCGGGCCUUUGAUCUCACCGACCAGAAGCGUAUGCACGAGCAUGUCGAAUUGCUGCGGGAGCUGGGCUUUAAGCGUAUCCUGAGCAGCGGUUUCCGGCCAUCGGCAGCCGAGGGAGCCGAUUGUCUCGCUCAGUUGAUCGCCAAACAUCACAGGGACAUCAUCAUAAUGCCUGGAGCGGGCAUCAAGGUGGCCAAUCUAGAGGAGAUCCUGACAGUCAGUCGGUGCCUCGAGUUCCACGCCUCUGCCAUGGACACGGCCGGCGAGGACUAUACGGCGCCCACUACCACACGCAUGGAAUGUGAUGUGACGAUGGGCAAACAGGACAUCGACCCCUACUACGGCACCAACUCGAAUGUGGUGCGCAAAAUGGUAACCAUAGCCAAUGCCAUGAGUUGUCGAUGAGGAUAGGAGCAUAAGAGGAUGGUGCAUGGUGUUGGCUAGCUUUAAGUUAAUUUUCUAUCGCCAGACUGACAAAUGUUGUGCAUCAGGUUCAUCAAUAUAAUUCGGAAUUGAUAGAGAUCCCAGCUCUCAGUUUGUGAAA